CGCGCGAGCGCAUCAACGACAAACCCAAAAUGGAAACCAACCGAAGAUUGAAGAACAAACCAACAUUGAAGACUCCGUGAGAGAGAGAGAGAUGACGAUGGGAACGACGACGACGACGCAGGCGUACGGCGAGCCGUGGUACUGGGACAACCGCUACGCCAACGAAUCAGGGCCGUUCGAUUGGUACCAAAAAUACCAAUCUCUGGCUCCGCUGAUCAAUCUCUAUGUCCCUCGCCAUCCCAACCAACGCAACCGCAUCCUUGUCGUCGGCUGCGGCAACUCAGCGUUUAGCGAGGGGAUGGCUGAUGAUGGGUACGAGGAGGUGGUUAGUAUUGACAUUUCGUCUGUGGUCAUCCAAGCUAUGCAGAGCAAGUACUCGAAUCGUCCACAUCUCAAAUAUUUGCAAAUGGAUGUUCGAGAUAUGAGUGCUUUCGAAACUGCUUCCUUUGAUGCAGUUGUUGACAAAGGAACUCUAGACUCUCUUUUGUGCGGAAGUAAUUCGCGGAAAAAUUCUACAGAGAUGCUUGAGGAAGUUUGGAGGGUCCUCAAGGAUAAAGGAGUCUACAUUCUGAUCACAUAUGGUGCCCCGUUGUAUCGUUUGCGUUUGUUGAGAGAGUCAUGCUCGUGGAUGAUAAAACUCCAUGUCAUAGAGAAACUUUCCUGCGAAGAUAAAUCAGAACCUCCAAUUUGGGAUCUGACAAAUCCUGUUCCGCUAAAUGAUGAUGGAAGCUCAACGGAGGAAUUGCUGGGAAACAACCCUGAUGUCCAUUAUAUUUACGUUUGUACGAAGGAUGAUUCUUUGUAAGCCAGGCCUUAAGCAUGAACUGUCAGUCGAUGGAGGAAGACGAGAAUCUUCAACCUCGUACGAUUCCUUUCCCUGUCUCUGUAUCAUUACAUGUAUUGAAACUGAAGAUUAUAGCUUCUACUAUGUUGUCUGUAUAAUGCUGGACCAUAAGCCGAGCGUAUAAUUCAUCAUAACUUAUCUGCAAUUCUUUGAUAUCUUGAAGUUAAUAUAUUGAAACUGGGAACACUAAACAAUGUACGGUGAAGGAUUUCAUUA